AAUCAUUUUUAGUGGUAUUUUUCCAUACAAAAUAACAUAUCAUAUUCUUCAUCGAAGAGAAAAAGAAAUGGGUGAGACGAACAGUGGUAGCAAAAGCAGCAGAUGGUGUCUGCAGGGGAUGACAGCUCUGGUCACCGGUGGAUCCAAAGGAAUCGGAUAUGCUAUAGUUGAGGAGUUGGCAGAGCUUGGGGCCACCGUACACACUUGUUCUCGGAACGAAGCUGAACUCAGUGAAUCCUUGAAGGAGUGGACCACAAAAGGAUACAGAGUAACCGGUUCGGUCUGUGACAUGACCUCUCGUGUUAACAGAGAAGAGCUGAUAGCUAGAGUCUCCUCUCAGUUCAAUGGAAAACUCAAUAUCCUUGUAAACAAUGUGGGAACAAACAUACUGAAACAGACCCUGGAUUUCACAGCGGAAGAUUUCGCAUUCCUGAUGAAUACGAAUCCUGAAUCUUGUUUCCACUUAAGCCAGCUUGCACAUCCUCUCCUAAAAGCUUCAAAAGCUGCAAGUAUCAUUUUCAUAUCCUCCAUUGCUGGUUUUGUAGCUACCAACUUAGCAUCCGUUGUAUAUGGUGCAUCUAAAGGAGCAAUGAACCAAAUGACAAAAUAUCUUGCAUUUGAAUGGGCAAAAGACAACAUAAGGAGUAAUUGUAUUGCACCUGGGGUAAUCAGAACCCCUAACGGGGAAAAGGCACACCCUCCCCGCGGCUAGGAGAAAGAAAAGAGAGAGAAUAAUGCAACCUGGAUGAUGGAGCGGACAACUUUGAAUGCUUUGGGUCAAAGAUCUCAACCCUACCGAAACAUUUUGGCGCCAACCGAAACCCUGUAAUCAUGUGGAACCAGAUGAGCGCUCGGUCUCAACAUCGUUGCUUCUUUUAUAAAAAAAUUCAUCACCUGCACAUUCUUUUUCUCGUACUAUUUACCACUAAGUGCAAGGUUAUAAAAAUUGUUUUUACAAAAGCCAGUAUAAGAACAAAUAAGUCCAAAACUCUAUAUUUGUGUUCAAAAUAUGGAUGAACUAUUUUUGAUAUAUAUAUUUCAAGGGGAGAAAAAUGAAUCCCUUUCUUUUUGCUUUUGAGAUUUAGUUUGCUUUAUUAUCCUUGGCUACAGUUACAAGGAAUUAUCAAAAUAUUUUUAAUUCAUAACAAGUUGGAGAAGGAACAGAAAAUCCCAGCGACAUGGGGUGGCAUGGGAUGCAGUGCAAAACUCAUUGUUAACCACUACAAGUUGAGGAGCAACAUCAAGAGCUACAACCUGGGCGGCAUGGGAUGUAGUGCGAAACUCAUUUCCGUUGACCUAGCUAAGGACCUUCUCAAAGCCAACCCAAACUCCUACACCCUAGUGCUCAACACAGAAAACAUAACCCUUAAUUGGUACUUUGGCAACGAUUACUCCAUGCUCCUUUACAACUGCAUUUCCCGAAUGAACGACACCAUCGUCCUCAUCUUCAUCUACCAAAUAACAUUUAUGUUCGAGUGCAACAUAAAAAAAUGAUAAAUUAAUUGAUGAACUGACCACUUACUUUCCUCAUGAAAAGGAGGGUAUUUUUAAAUUCUGUAGUGAAUGUUGGGAGAUUUUCAAUGCACUUUAGGAAUGCUUUCUUAUUUGUCUUCAUUCUGAUGUAAACAUGGUCAUCUCUACCCUAACUGGAAGCGAUAAAAUUGUACUCUUUGACCUGUGUAUUUUGAGGCUACUUUUCAGGUUCAUAUAU